CUAUGGAUUACAGCCACCAAGCAAGGGGUGAGAGCUGGAACAUUCUUUUGGUCUGUCUCCAUCCCUCAUGAGCGGAGAAUAUUAACCAUCCUACAGUGGCUGACACUGCCAGACAGCGAGAGGCCUUCAGUCUAUGCCUUCUAUUCUGAGCAACCUGACUUCUCUGGACACAAAUAUGGCCCUUUUGGCCCUGAGAUGACAAAUCCUCUGAGGGAAAUUGACAAAACUGUGGGGCAAUUAAUGGAUGGACUGAAACAACUCAAGCUGCAUCGGUGUGUAAAUGUCAUCUUUGUUGGAGAUCACGGUAUGGAAGAUGUCACAUGUGAUAGAACUGAGUUCUUGAGCAACUACUUGACAAAUGUGGAUGAUAUUACUUUAGUGCCUGGAACUCUCGGAAGAAUUCGACCCAAAUUUAGCAAUAAUGCUAAGUAUGACCCUAAAGUCAUUAUUGCUAAUCUCACGUGUAAAAAACCAGACCAGCACUUUAAGCCAUACAUGAAACAGCACCUUCCCAAACGUUUGCACUAUGCCAACAACAGAAGAAUUGAAGAUAUCCAUUUAUUGGUGGACCGCAGAUGGCAUGUUGCAAGAAAACCUUUGGAUGUUUAUAAGAAACCAUCAGGAAAAUGUUUUUUCCAAGGGGAUCAUGGAUUUGAUAACAAGGUCAAUAGCAUGCAGACUGUUUUUGUAGGUUAUGGCCCAACAUUUAAGUACAAGACUAAAGUGCCUCCAUUUGAAAAUAUUGAACUUUACAAUGUUAUGUGUGAUCUCCUGGGGUUGAAGCCAGCGCCUAACAAUGGAACACAUGGAAGUUUGAAUCACCUACUACGUACAAUUUCCUUUAGGCCAACCAUGCCAGAGGAAGUUACCAGACCGAAUUAUCCAGGGAUUAUGUACCUUCAGUCUGAUUUUGACCUGGGAUGCACCUGUGAUGAUAAGGUAGAGCCAAAGAAUAAACUGGAUGAACUCAACAAACGACUUCAUACAAAAGGGUCUACAGAAGAGAGACAUCUUCUCUACGGACGACCUGCAGUGCUCUAUCGGACUAGAUAUGAUAUCUUAUAUCAUUCUGACUUUGAAAGUGGUUACAGUGAAAUAUUCUUAAUGCCACUCUGGACGUCAUAUACUGUUUCCAAACAGGCUGAGGUCUCUGGCAUCCCUGAGCAUUUGACCAAUUGCGUCCGCCCUGAUGUUCGUGUUUCUCCGAGUUUUAGUCAGAACUGUUUGGCCUACAAAAAUGAUAAACAGAUGUCCUACGGAUUCCUCUUUCCUCCUUAUCUGAGCUCUUCACCAGAAGCUAAAUAUGAUGCAUUCCUUGUAACAAAUAUGGUUCCAAUGUAUCCUGCUUUCAAACGGAUAUGGAAUUAUUUCCAAAGGGUAUUGGUGAAGAAAUACGCUUCAGAAAGAAAUGGAGUUAAUGUGAUAAGUGGACCAAUUUUUGACUAUGACUAUGAUGGCUUACGUGACACAGAAGAUGAAAUCAAACAGUAUGUGGAAGGCAGUUCCAUUCCUGUCCCAACUCACUACUAUAGUAUCAUCACCAGCUGCUUAGAUUUCACUCAGCCUGCUGAUAAGUGUGAUGGCCCCCUCUCUGUGUCCUCUUUCAUCCUUCCUCACCGAUCUGACAAUGAUGAGAGCUGCAAUAACUCAGAGGAUGAGUCGAAAUGGGUAGAAGAACUCAUAAAGAUGCACACAGCUCGUGUGCGUGACAUCGAACAUCUCACCAGUCUGGAUUUCUUCCGGAAGACCAGCCGGAGCUAUUCAGAAAUUCUGACACUCAAGACAUACCUGCAUACGUAUGAGAGCGAGAUUUAACUUUCUUAUCAGUGCAGUGCAGUCUUAUUAACUGGUGUAUAUUUUUAUAUUGUGUUUGUAUUUAUUAAUUUGAAACCAGGACAUUAAAAAACACUUAGUAUUUUAAUCCUAUACCAAAUCUGACAUAUUAAGCCUGAAUGACUCCACUGUUUUUUCUUUAAUGCUUGAUUUAGGUAGUCGUGUGUUCCAAGUAGAGCUUGUAAUAAAUACUGCAGCUUGAGUUUUUGGUAGAAGCUUCUAAAUGGUGCUGCAGAUUUGAUAUUUGCAUUGAGGAAAUAUUAAUUUUCCAAUGCACAGUUGCCACAUUUAGUCCUGUACUGUAUUGAAAUACUGAUUUUGUAAAGUUGCAUUCAUCUGCUGUUAACUAUGACAGACAUAUUUAAGCCUUAUAGACCAAUCUUAAAUAUAAUAAAUCACACAUUCAGUU